AUGGCACAGGUGGAAGACCAUUCGUCGUUGCAUCAAUUACGCAAGAACUCGGAAAUCCUUUCCAAUGCCAACAAGAUCCUGGUAGCCAACAGAGGAGAAAUCCCAAUCAGAAUCUUUAGAUCUGCUCAUGAGCUGUCAAUGCAAACAGUCGCUAUCUAUUCCCAUGAAGAUAGAUUGUCGAUGCACAGACUCAAGGCGGACGAGGCCUAUGUGAUUGGCGCUAGAGGCCAAUACUCACCAGUGCAGGCCUAUUUGCAGAGCGACGAGAUCAUCAACAUCGCUUUGGAACAUGGUGUCUCCAUGAUCCACCCCGGCUACGGUUUCCUUUCUGAAAAUUCGGACUUUGCCCGCAAGGUCGAGGAAGCGGGCAUGAUUUGGGUGGGUCCACCCCACACAGUCAUCGACUCUGUCGGAGACAAGGUCAGUGCCAGAAACCUGGCUGGCAAGUGCAAUGUUCCUGUUGUUCCCGGAACAGAUGGCCCAAUCGACUCUGUUGACCAGGCUCAGGACUUUGUGGACAAAUACGGCUACCCGGUCAUCAUCAAGGCCGCCUUUGGUGGUGGAGGUCGUGGUAUGAGAGUCGUUCGUGAAGGUGAGGACAUUGCGGACGCUUUCAGCAGAGCAACCUCUGAGGCAAAGACCGCCUUUGGUAACGGUACCUGCUUUAUCGAACGGUUCUUGGACAAACCAAAGCACAUUGAGGUGCAACUUCUGGCCGAUAACUACGGAAACGUUAUCCAUUUGUUCGAAAGAGACUGUUCUGUUCAAAGAAGACACCAAAAGGUGGUUGAGAUUGCUCCUGCAAAGACCCUGCCAAUUGAGGUCAGAGACGCCAUUUUGACCGAUGCUGUUAAGCUGGCAAAGACUGCCAACUAUAGAAACGCAGGUACUGCUGAGUUUCUGGUUGAUGCAAAGAACAGACACUAUUUCAUUGAGAUCAACCCAAGAAUCCAGGUCGAACACACAAUCACUGAGGAAGUCACUGGUGUUGACAUUGUUGCUGCUCAGAUCCAGAUUGCUGCUGGUGCUUCUUUGCAACAACUUGGUCUGUUGCAGGACAAGAUCACCACCAGAGGUUUUGCAAUCCAGUGCAGAAUCACUACCGAAGACCCAGCCAAGAACUUCCAGCCAGACACUGGUAAGAUCGAGGUUUACAGAUCUUCUGGUGGUAACGGUGUGAGAUUGGACGGUGGUAACGGUUUUGCCGGUGCCAUUAUCUCUCCCCACUACGACUCCAUGUUGGUCAAGUGUUCCACUUCUGGUUCGAACUACGAGAUUGCCAGAAGAAAGAUGAUUAGAUCUUUGGUCGAGUUCAGAAUUAGAGGUGUCAAGACCAACAUUCCGUUCUUGCUUGCUCUGUUGACCCACCCAACGUUCGUUUCUGGUGACUGUUGGACCACUUUUAUCGACGACACCCCAUCGUUGUUCGAGAUGGUUCAAUCCAAGAACAGAGCUCAAAAGCUGUUGUCGUACCUUGCCGACCUCUGUGUCAAUGGAUCCUCGAUCAAGGGUCAAAUUGGCCUGCCAAAGCUGAACAGAGAGGCCGAUAUCCCAGUCGUCCACGACGUGAACGGCUGGGAGAUCGACGUCAAGUCGACUCCUCCAGAAUCUUUCAGACAAUACUUGCUGGACUACGGUCCACAGAGAUUUGCCGACCAGAUCAGAGCCUUUGACGGUUGUAUGAUCAUGGACACUACUUGGAGAGACGCCCACCAGUCUCUGCUUGCCACUAGAGUCAGAACCAUAGACCUUUUGAACAUCGCCCCAACCACCGCUCAUGCCUUGAGGUACGCAUUUGCCUUGGAGUGUUGGGGAGGUGCCACUUUCGACGUUGCCAUGCGUUUCUUGCACGAGGACCCAUGGGAUAGACUGAGAAAGCUUAGAAAAGCCGUUCCAAACAUUCCUUUCCAGAUGCUGCUGAGAGGAGCCAACGGAGUGGCUUACUCUUCUCUGCCUGACAAUGCUAUUGACCAUUUCGUUAAGCAGGCCAAGGAAGCUGGUGUUGACAUCUUCAGAGUUUUCGAUGCUCUGAACGACUUGGAGCAGUUGAAGGUUGGUGUUGACGCUGUCAAGAAGGCCGGUGCCGUUGUCGAGGCCACCAUUUGUUAUUCAGGAGACAUGUUGAAGCCAGGUAAGAAGUACAACCUCAAGUACUACCUGGAGACCGUUGAUAAGAUCAUGGAGAUGGGCACCCACUUGUUGGGUAUCAAGGACAUGGCCGGUACUUUGAAGCCUGCUGCUGCCAAACUGUUGAUCAGUAACAUCAGAAAGAAGUACCCAUCUGUUCCUAUCCAUGUUCACACGCACGACUCUGCCGGUACCGGUGUGAUCACCUACGUUGCCUGUGCACUUGCCGGUGCCGACAUCGUCGAUUGUGCUGUCAACUCCAUGUCUGGACUGACUUCCCAGCCUUCUAUGAGUGCCUUUAUUGCCGCUUUGGACAGGGAGAUCAAUACUGGUAUCACCGAGGAGAGCGCCAGAGAGCUCGACGCUUACUGGUCUGAGAUGAGACUGCUGUACUCGUGUUUCGAGGCCGACCUCAAGGGUCCAGACCCAGAGGUGUACAACCACGAGAUUCCGGGUGGUCAGUUGACCAACUUGCUGUUCCAGGCCCAACAGGUUGGUUUGGGCGAGCAAUGGCUAGAGACCAAGAAGGCGUACGAGGACGCCAACAUGCUUUUGGGCGACAUUGUCAAGGUGACUCCAACUUCGAAGGUUGUUGGAGACCUUGCUCAGUUCAUGGUUUCCAACAAGCUGACUUCCAAAGACGUGGAGAGACUGGCUUCCGAGUUGGACUUCCCCGACUCUGUUCUGGACUUCUUUGAAGGACUGAUGGGCACUCCGUACGGAGGAUUCCCAGAGCCAUUGAGAACCAACAUUCUUGCUGGAAAGAGAAGAAAGCUGACCCGCAGACCAGGUUUGGAGCUCGAGCCAUUCGACCUCAAGAAGAUCAAGGAGGACUUGCAGUCGAGAUUCGGCUCCUCGAUCACCGAGUUUGACGUUGCCUCGUACAACAUGUACCCUAAGGUGUUUGAGGCGUUCAAGAAGAACCAGGAGAAGUACGGCGAUCUUUCUGUGCUGCCAACGAGAUUCUUCCUUGCUCCACCAAAGAUUGAGGAGGAGAUCACUGUUGAGAUCGAGCAAGGAAAGACGUUUGUGAUCAAGGUGAUGGCAGUUGGAGAUCUUUCUCCACAAACCGGAACCAGAGAGGUUUACUUCGAGUUCAACGGUGAGAUGAGAAAGGUCACUGUUGAGGACAAGCUUGCUGCUGUGGAGACGGUGACCCGUCCAAAGGCGGACGCUCACAACCCGAACGAGGUUGGAGCCCCAAUGGCCGGAGUGGUGAUCGAGGUGCGUGUGCACAACGGCGGCGAGGUCAAGAAGGGCGACCCGGUGUGUGUUUUGAGCGCCAUGAAGAUGGAAAUGGUGAUCAGCUCGCCGGUUUCGGGAAAGAUCUCCGAGGUGACGGUCAACGAGAACGAUAGUGUUGAUGCUGGCGACCUGAUCUGCAAGAUUGUGAAAUAA